CGUUCCGUAUCCAUAUUUUUCUUACACCGACCAAUCCAAAAAACAGAGGAUAUAGUGAUAUACGAUGUUUCCUAAACAGUGGGAAACAAAACCGGGUGCUUAUGCAAGUCCUCGAAACCCGUGAAAUACACCAAUUGUUUACUUUUAACCAAACAUUAAUUUUUUCAUGCUUCUUGAGUUCUUUCACUUCAAUCUUUACCAAAUCUAGGUCUCAAUCUAAAUCUCUCUCCAAUUUCAUCUUUAUAGUCAAUUAACCAUGAAUUCAGAAGGAGACCUACCGUUGACUUCUAAUAACGGGUCUCAGGAACCACCGAUCGAGGCAGAAGAAGGCGGCGGAAUACCGCCGGAAAAAACUCAUGAAGUAGCGGAGAAGGUGGUGAGGAAACGAGGCCGACCGCCGAAGUCAAACCCACCAGUGAAGAAACUAGGCCGACCACCGAAGUCGAAGCCGAAUGAAAACCCGCCAGUGAAGAAACGUGGCCGAAAGCCGAGGCCGAAGGAAGAGAGUAAUGCUGGUGGAACUAGUACAACAAAGGGGGAUAGAGAUGAGUGUGAUGUGGGGGUUUCUGGGAAAGUGGAUGUUGAAGAAGGGUUGGUGAGUAUUGGUUCAGAGAGUGCUGAGGUUGGGGACAAAAAGGAAUGCACUGAAGGUGUUUGUGAAAAUGCCUCAGAGAAAACGAACAACAAGAAUGGCAGAAGAACUAGGGGAAUGGGAAAGGGGAAAGCAGUUCCAGUUCAGGAGAAGGGUAGGAAGAAGGUAAUUGAUGAAGAUGGGAAUGAAGUUGGAGCGAAUACAUGUCAUCAGUGUAAGAGGAAUGACAAGGGAAGAGUUGUUCACUGUAAUUCAUGCAAAAGGAAGAAAUAUUGCCUGAUUUGUAUUCGUAAUUGGUAUCCUGAUAAGACAGAGGAGUAUUUUGUUGAAUCUUGCCCGGUUUGUCGUGAUAAUUGCAAUUGCAAGGCUUGCUUGAGGUUGGAAGGGGCGACUAAACGUAUAGUUGAGAAGCAUAAGUUGGAGAUUAGUGAAGAUGAUAAGAAGAAACACUCUUUGUAUUUGUUGCAAGCAGUUUUACCUUGCCUGAAGCAGUUCAAUGAGGAGCAGACGAGGGAGAAAGAGGCUGAGGCUCGAAUUCGAGGUGUGUCGCCAUCUGAGGUAAUAGUUGAACGUAUUGAAUACUCUCCUGAUGAACGUAUGUUUUGUAAUAACUGUAAGACUUCCAUUGCUGAUAUGCAUAGGACUUGUCCGCAUUGUUGUUAUGAUUUAUGUCUUUUUUGUUGUCGGGAAAUUCGAGAUGGUAAUCUUAAAGCUGGUGGUGAGGAGGUGGUUGUGGACUUUGUGGAUAGAGGUUAUGAUUACAUGCUUGGAGGAGACCCUGAACCUUUGAUAAAUAAGAAGAUUCCUGAUGUUAUUUGCACGAAUGCUGGUUUAGAGCCUUUGAUAAAUGAGAACAUUAAUAAUGGUGUUAGCGUGGAUUCUAGUUUAGAACCCUUGAAAAGUGAGAAUAUUCCUGUUGAUGUUGGCAUGAGUGUUGAUUCCGAGUCUUUGAAAGAUGCUAAUCUUCCUGUUGGUGUUAGCAUGGAUGUUGUUGGUUCAGAACAUUUGAUAAACGGGAACCCUCCUGGUGGUGAUGUUAGCAUGGAUGUUGAUUCAAAACCUUUGAAAAAUGAGAACCUUACUGGUGAUGUUAGCAUGGAUGUUGGUUCAGGACCCUUGAAGAAUGAGAACAUUUCUGAAAAUGUUAGCAUGGAUGCUGAUUCAGAACCUUGGAAAAAGGAGAACAUUCUUGAUGAUGCUUGCUUGACUGUUGUUUCAGAACCUAUGAAAAAUGAAAGCAUUCCUGAUGAUGUUAGCAUGGUAGCUGGUUCAGAGUCUUUGAAGAGGGAGAACAUUCUUGAUGAAGUUAACAUGGAUUAUGGUGCAGAGCCUUUUAAGAGGGAGAACAUUCUUGAUGAAGUUAACAUGGAUGCUGGUGCAGAGACUUUGAAAAAGAAUAAAAUUCCUGAUGAACCAGCGUCAUUAGAAUGGAAGUCAAAUGAAGACGGUAGCAUACCUUGCCCCCCAAAGGGACUAGGUGGGUGUGGCUGUGGGUUGCUGGAACUAAAGCAUAUGUUCCCAGUGGAUCUUUCAGAGUUGGUAAAAAAUGUAGAAGAAGUACUAGGAACCUGCAAAGCUGAGGGUAUGCAUGUAGGUUCACAAAGCUGCUCCUGCACCAGUUCUAUGAGCAAUGGAGGUUUUAAUGGUAAUUCAAGGAAAGCUGCCUCCCGAGAUGAUUCGGGUGACAACUCUUUGUACUGUCCCGCUGCCAUUGACAUCAAAACUGAAGAUUUGGAACAUUUUCAAUGGCAUUGGGCCAAGGCUGAGCCUAUCAUUGUCAGAGACGUUCUUGAGACCACAAGUGGUUUGAGUUGGGAGCCCAUGGUCAUGUGGCGUGCUUUUCGCCAGCUGAAACAUCCAAAGCAUGCCAGGCAACUGGAUGUAAAGGCUAUCAAUUGCCUAAAUUGGUGUGAGUUAGAUAUCAAUAUUCAUAAAUUCUUUGGUGGGUAUACAAAGUGUCAAUUUGAUCCUUUCAUGUGGCCUUUGCUAUUGAAAUUGAAAGACUGGCCACCAUCUACUGAAUUUGAUAAGAAUUUACCUAGGCAUGGUGCUGAGUUUAUCCAGGCCUUGCCAUUUAAAGAGUACACACAUCAUCUUAGUGGCAUUCUUAAUCUUGCUUCAAAGUUGCCGAAGGACUAUCUGAAGCCAGACUUGGGGCCAAAAACUUACAUUGCUUACGGGGUUGCACAGGAGUUGGGGCGAGGAGAUUCAGUGACUAAACUUCAUUGUGAUAUGUCUGAUGCAGUGAACAUUUUGACACAUACCGCAGAAACAAAGCUCAAUGCCAGUCAGCUCCGAAAGAUCAGACAAUUGAAGCAGAAGCAGGUUGCCCAAGAUCUUAAAGAAGUAUAUGGCAGUAGAUCAAUUGCAAACAAUGAUAGGCAUGUAACUGAUUUAGCUAGUAGUCAGUUGCAUGACGCUGCUCCUGAAUUUCCUAGUAACUGCGAGCCUGCUGCAGGCACAUCUGGACUCGGUUCUGUGAUGAAGCAAGAUCUUCCAAAUGUACCAGAGCUAGAAGAUAAUAAACCAUCUCUUUCGAGGGAUAUAGAAUUAGUAGUAGAAUCCGCAGAGCCUGUGAUCACUGAUAAGCUAUGUGAUGGCCUUGUAGCUGCAGAGGAAGAAAAUGAUGUGUUUACUAGAUCCGCUGAUGGGUCUAGAGGAAAUGACACACAUGCUAAGAUUGAAGUGAAGCAACAUGCUGAUAAUAGAGAAAACAAUAGCAACCAUAAAGAUGAAGUAAAUGCUGAUGCGACUGAAGAGGUUAAGCCCACUGCUGGGAAAAAGAGAGGCAGAAAAGGGAAAAGGGGACGUCCUAAGUCCUGUAAAACACUGAAGGGAACUAAUAUAUCCAGUCCCCAGGUUGAAAUGAGGACUUGUGUUAGUGAAGGAGAGAGUGACCCAGACUUACUGACUGCACAGCCUAGCAGUGAUGGUAGGAUAGAUGAAGAUAUGGGAGUUUCAGAAUCUGAGGGUGCUGCCCUAUGGGAUAUCUUCCGGAGACAAGACACACCGAAGCUACAACAGUAUCUUAAGAGGCAUUUUAAGGAAUUCAGGCACAUAUAUGGUUCUCUUGUGCAGCAGGUUGUGCAUCCAAUUCAUGACCAAACAUUCUACUUGACUGAAGAGCACAAAAGAAACCUGAAGAAGGAAUAUGGUGUCGAGCCAUGGACAUUUGUGCAAAAGCUUGGCGAAGCUGUCUUUAUUCCUGCUGGUUGUCCACACCAGGUCCGGAAUCUGAAGUCCUGCAUUAAAGUCGCGAUGGAUUUUGUCUCACCUGAAAAUGUUCCAGAAUGUGUACGUUUGACUGAAGAGUUCCGAGUCCUUCCCCCGAAUCACAAAGCAAAGGAGGAUAAACUGGAGAUAAAGAAGAUGACACUUUAUGCUGUGGAGGAGGCCAUUAAGGACUUGAAGUCCUCUUUUUCUGAUGUUGAGGAAGAUAGACCUUGAUUUCCAAUUUCAGUUAGUUUGUAUUCUCCCUUUUAGCAUUCUUAUUUCUUGGGUUCGUAAUUGAAAUUCCUCAUGAUUCAGCUUGAACCUUUAUGUGUGUUUGUAUUAUGUAUAAGGUGGAUCUCACAAGUCCAUGUUAUAUUUUUAUAGGCUUGAUAAAAUUUUGUUAUCCUUGAUUAUAUAUAAGCUUUCUUCCUGGA